UCAUCGUGAGUCAGCACAAAUAUGACUGGAUAUAUUCUUUCAAAAGCUAGAGCUAAACGCAUAGCAGAAAAGUGCCAGUAUCUCUCGUGUCACCGUGGAAUACGGUGUCUUCACGUCAAUAAUAACUGCAACCACGAUAAAAUGGCAGCACUUGAGAUAGUGUGUGGUGUCGCUGUCACAUUUCUGUUGAUCUAUUAUUACUUGACAAAAAAUUAUGGUUUUUGGAAGCAACGUGGCGUCGCAGGUCCUGUACCGUCGUUUCCUUUUGGAAACAUCAAAGACGCAAUAUUAGGAAAGUUUACAUUAGGGGUUCUAUUGAAACAGUUGUAUGAUAAAUACAAAGGAGAACAAAUGGUUGGUAUCUUUGUCAGAAGCACACCGGCACUGAUCCUACGUGAUCCUGAGCUGAUAAAGGACGUGCUUAUCAAAGACUUUACGGUAUUUGCCAAUAGAGGAAUAAAGCAUAAUGCCAAAGUUGAUCCAUUCUCCGCAAAUCUUGUAUUUCUCGAUGAGAAGGAAUGGCGGCCACUACGUAAGAAACUCACUCCCGUCUUCACUUCCGGAAAACUGAAGCAGAUGUUCU